GUCAGUGUAAAACUGAUUUCCACUUUUUGGAAAUAAUGUUUUCUUGAUUAAUUGGUGUUGUAUUCUUUAAGCAAUAUAGACUGUUAAAUACAAAUAUGUAACUCUUAAGAGUCAUCUUGAAAGACUUAUUUAUCUAGGGUCCUGUACUGACUUCACCAGCAUAUGGGUACAGCUAAUAAUGGCACACUAAAGGUUUAUAAAAAUAUGUCCAUUAUAAACAAUGUUGAUUGUCAUACUGUCCUUGAAAUCUGAGACAAUGGAAACUAUAACACCUCCUCCUUCUCUUGACAAGAAGACUAGGUGUGACAGCUUUAGACAAUCAUCUCAACAUAAGGGAGUUUUUCAGUUGAAGUUGUAGGUUGUCUCUCUUUUGCCUCAAGACAAGGCCCAGAAUUAACUGUCUUCCACCUGCUAUUUUGGUAUUCAGCACAUUAAAACUAUGAAUUACAGGACAGUUGUAAUGUACACUGAGAUUGGUUCCUUUGUGACCUGUGUGGUUGGAUGGAUUUUGGUUUGUUCCACCCUGCCAAUGGAAUACUGGACAUUCUCAGAGGUCGCAUCUACAGUCAUCACUACCGAUCACUUCCAUUCCAACCUGUGGAAAGAUUGUACUACUGAUUCAACUGGAAUGGUUGACUGCAAGGAGUUUCCAACAUUACUUGGUUUGCAACCUUAUAUCCAUCUGUGUCGAGUUCUAAUUAUCAUCUCUAUAUUACUGGGACUAUUUGGAGCCAUUCUAGCCCUGGUAGGGAUGAAGUGCACCAAACUUGGAGGGUCAGAAGUUGCCAAUGCAAGAGUUACCUUUGUGGCAGGAAUUAAUUAUCUCACAUCAGGUCUUUGUUCUAUUUUUGCUUACAGCUUAUAUGGAUAUAAGAUUGUUGUGGAGUUUUUUGAUCCCAACUAUUAUGCACAAAAGUUUGAGCUUGGAGCAGCACUCUAUUUUGGGUGGAGUGGGUCUGUCCUUCUCAUAAUUGGGGGACUGAUUUACAGCAUCUUUGGAGGAAAGGAGGGCUUCCAUUUAAGCUCAACCACUAAAGAGCGACUAACAUAUUCAGCAUAUGACACACGUUCUUCUGAAGUAACAGUGCCAAACAAACAAGCAACCAAACAUCCAUCUUCAUUUCGUCCUCAGAUUGAAAGCAAGACGUCUGGGCACACCAGCAGGGUUAAAGGCUAUAAGAAGAAUGACUAUGUUUAGUUUAUUCCUGUGUUAUUUGCAUUCUGGUGAGGAAUGGUGACAAAAUUGUCAAAUGUACUUUCAAUUAAGAGCGUAUUUCUUUCCUGAGUUUAAUUUGCUUAGUAGUAAAGUUGAUAAAAAAAAAUUAUUGGAUAUCUUGGUAAAUAGUCAUUAAAUUGAUUUUCUGAAAGCGAAAACUGUGGCGCUGCACCAGAUCCCAAAUUAGUGAUUAAAAGCAUGCAUUUCUACUAGAGUUGUCAGAUCAUCAUAAUUUAAUCCAACUGCUCUGAAAGCAAACAACCUUACAGUUGCUAAUAGAUAUAAAUUAGUUAAUAUGUCUUAUCGCUAAUGUCUUACCAAUUCCUAUGUAGGUGCAAAUGUUUACCACUGAUGUUAGCUUUAUUGGUGUGACCUGAAGAAGUCCACAGACAUGGAAUGAAUUAAUAUACAGUGUCAUCUACUAAUAUUUACACCCUUGGUAAAUAUGAGAAAGGCUCUGAAAAAUUGACUCUCUAUUGUUUAACCUUUUGAUCUUUUGUUAAAAAAAAAAUUCACAAAAAUACUCUGCUCUCAUGGACAGCAAAUAAUUGCAAACAAAACACAGGUUUAUUAAAAAUAUCUUUGUUAAAUA